CGAUUUCAGGCAAGUUGAGGUCUCGUAUACCGAUUCUGCUUUUUAUGACACUUGGUAAAGGAUGAAAUCGGGCAUUUAUAGCUGGAUUUCACCAAGAACGGAAAGUUAGACCACGCAAAUAGUGAUGAAUGGACAAAAUAUCUGAGUUCAUCCAUAUAUGGAACGGCAACCUGCGGUGCGUAAAAAGCGCGCACAGGGGUGGGGGCUUCUUUGGAGACGUUGGACUGGAGCGCACAACAGCACGACUCUGCAUCCACAGGUUGCAUCGCGUCUUUCUGCAGCUCUGUGAGCAUCUUGGCAGCACAGACAUUAGAAACAGAGACGGUGAAGAUGAAGUGCGGGGUCGUUAGGGGACGCAAUUGGAACGGUUCGGACUUUGGCUGCUCAUAGACGCCCAUAAGCAAAAUGCUUGAUCCACAGCCUCGGACAGCUCACUCAUAACCUGCCUAAAUAAUUACACCCGACUGCGCAGGACUUUUUAUGUCGUUAAAUUAUCUUACCAACGUCUCUCCCAGAGACUGUGCGUUUUAUAUGGAAGCAUCAUGCUACAGGUCCCUCUCUGCAGCUGCACCCCGGCGACAUAAUGGCAUGUAGGAGCGGCGGCUGCUGCGGUUCCGGUCCAAUAAACGAGGAUAACGCGAGGUUCCUGCUCCUGGCAUUGUUCAUCAUCAUCUAUCUCCUGUGUGGAGCCGCCGUCUUCUCCGCGCUGGAGCAGCCAAAGGAGCGAGAGGCGAAGGAGCGCUGGGCGCAGAGGUUUGAGCUCUUCAGCCAGAAGUAUAACCUAAGUAAGAAAGACCUGAACAACUUUCUGAGGAACUACGAGGAGGCGAACGUGGCGGGGAUCCGCGUGGACACAAUCAGACCUCGAUGGGACUUCACCGGCGCCUUUUACUUCGUGGGAACUGUGGUGUCAACCAUUGGGUUUGGAAUGACCACUCCGGCCACCAUUGGAGGAAAAGUCUUCCUGAUGUUUUACGGCCUCCUCGGCUGUGCGGCAACCAUCCUCUUCUUCAACCUCUUCCUGGAGCGUGUCAUCACCGUCAUCGCUGUCGUCCUCAAGUCCUGCCACGAGCGGCGCCACAACAAAGCGGUUCUCCCGCAAAAUGGCCGACGAGUCUCUGAGGGAAACAGGGCAGGUGUAGCAGGAGGGAGUGGGGGAGGAAAAGGAGCGGACUUGGCCGGCUGGAAGCCUUCGGUGUACUGCGUCAUGCUCAUUCUAGGGGUGGCAGCGAUCUUGGUUUCCUGUUGUGCCUCGCUCAUGUACUCAGCAGCGGAAGGGUGGGGCUACCUGGACUCGCUCUACUUUUGCUUUGUGGCCUUCAGCACCAUUGGCUUUGGCGACAUGGUGAGCAGCCAGCGGGUAGUCUACGAGGGCCACGCAACCACCGCGUAUCGACUGGGCAACUUCCUCUUCAUCCUGACCGGCGUCUGCUGCAUCUACUCCCUCUUCAACGUCAUCUCCAUCGUCAUCAAGCAGGUCCUCAACUGGCUGCUGAGGAGGCUGGAAGCUCCCUGCCGCUGCUGCUUGCCCAGAAGGGGUCACCACCCGCACAGGCACCCCCGACGGAACGUGGUAGCUCCAGGUCACUUGCGAGCCCGUAGAGACCCCUCCAUUGAGACUGAUGCCAUCAACGAGAGCGAGACUGACAAUGGGCGCAGGAUGUCUGGGGAAAUGAUCUCCAUGAGGGACUUUCUAGCAGCCAAUAAGGUGAAUCUGGCUAUUAUGCAGAAGCAGCUUUCCGAGAUGGCAAUCGGGCACCCGCGCCAAUCCAGCUCCUGUUCGCAUCAGAAUGGAUUCUCCGGAGGGGUGGGCGCCCUCGGCAUCAUGAACAACCGGCUGGCAGAGACCAGUGUUGACAGAUAGGGGAACAGCGUGAAUCCUGUUUAAAGGGUACAAAAGACUGGCAGGGUGAGACGGUUAUGGACAAAUUGACACUGAAGAAUGCCUUCCUGAAUAAAAACCCCGGCAGAAGAUCCAGGUGGUGAACAAGACUGAAUUUAUGAAUACAACUUUUCCAUCAUCGAGCAAGCUGACCCCCGAGCAAGAACAGAGUAGAAUCAAACUCUCUUCUCUGACAAGAACAUGGCUACAUGAAAGAUGCAUGAUAGUCUGCUGGAGCAUCACAUCUGGACCACGCUCUGUGUGCUGAAAUGUUCCCCUGUGAGGAAUUCAGUUUCCAUGGUGAUGUAAAAAAAAUUCCUGCCUAGAGAUCUUGUACCCAAGCCUUAAAGACAUGAUGGACUACAUGCUUCUUCACACCAAACCGCUUCACUUAACUUCCACUCAUCCACAGUACUUCACAAUACUCUCUACAAGUCCAACCAUGUCCACGCUCUAUCUGUAUUUAACGAAGAAGAAAUAGCUUUAAUAAAAUGCCUGUUUCUUG